UCGGAAUAUCGCGCGCCCGUGUAUUUACUCCAAUAUCGAGCGCUUUGACGUUGCACCUUUGACGCUUUGUUUACUGUCUCACCACAUACUUUGCGAUCGUAAAUUUCGAACAAAUACGAACGCGACAGGUGCUUUUAAACGCACAGUGCUACGAUCCUGAAAAUCGAGAAUUCACGACACAUUCCACGCGGUCGUCAGUCGAAAAGACGACCGGUGACGAUCAGUUCCUCCAUCCCUUCUCUUCGGUAAGCUCCGAUAAGAGCGAGCGAUACUGAUCGAUAUCGGGAAUUCGCGUGCGAGCAACGUGAUUGAUUUUGAUCAAAUGCCAAGUGUGACUGCGACAGUUUAAUCACCCUUUCGUUGCGAUUUUCGCGGCAAAUUACAUUCCCGACGGUCGUUUCCUCGGCGGCUCUCGGUGACUCGGAGGUUAGAACGAAGGCCUCAGGUUAACGCGCGCCGUUGCGACGUAAUAACGUCUGGUCGGAGAAAGCGGCGGCUUCGUCUCGUCGCCUAUCCUGUGAGAUGGGGACGAGAAAUCGCGCUCGAAUCUGAUCUGCAGCCCGCUCUCUCUCGAAUCGCAUUGGGGCAAAUCGCAUCUAGUCGCGCAAGAAUCUCAGUACGUUUGAUGUCAACGUAACAUUCGUGGACGAUGGACGGAGAGGAUUCCGUUGACGUUGAUACGGUGGACGUGGAUGUGAACGUGGAUGUGGACGUGGACGUGGACAUGGACCCACAGGAACUGCAGGAGACCCUCCAGAACUACAGGAAGCUUGCGGACGAUUUCGCGAACCACGACACGAUUCUCAAGGACAAGACAGUCUUAUCAUACAUAGCGUAUGUCUUGGAAGUACCUGAUUUAGAUGUGGUUACUCUAGCUCUGGACAUUCUGGAGAUAUUCGUUAAGAAUGUAGACAAUUAUAUACAUAUAACGUCUACCUUUGGUGUGCGCGAAUCCCUGGACGCGAUUAUCAAUAAAUACAGCUUAAAUGAACCAAAGAUAGCCAGUCGAGCGCAGCACAUCAAAAAUGACAUAGAGCGUAUGAAGCCGCCCAUAUAUAACUUGCGUAGCCGUUGCAGGCGAGUUAUAGAGCCGAAAAAAUUGAGGACGCAUGUAAUAGUUUUACAUGUUCAAGGUUUAUUACCGGAGACUCGCGCCGAAUUGGAAGGGAUAUUGAUAAGAAUCGAAGGUCUUAUUUCUCUCGUCGUCGACGUGGAGCAUCAGCGUGUGACUAUGCGUACCUUGAGUUAUGUCACUGCGAAACAGAUUGCUGAAGCGAUUGAUAGACAUACAGAGUAUAGCAUGGAAGCGAGAUUGGUUACGAAGAACAAAUUUAAUCAAGAGUUUCUCGUGAAAUUAAUACAAGAAGGUGAUACCGAUAGCGAAGGAUUGCCUGAUUACUUGCCUGAGGAGGAAGAAGAGGAUGAUAAGGAAGGAGUAGUGUCACUAUUUACUGGUUUAAAACAAAGCGCUUCAUCUCUAUACAAAUCUACCGCUGAGUUUUUAAGUAGCUCAUUUUAUUGGUAGAGUUUCUAACUCUAAUGCUGAUUAUUGUAAUUUGUGACUAUUAUAAUUAUAAUUUUAUUUAUUUGAAAUGAAUAAUUGUUUAUUUAUCUCUUUAUUAAAGAGAAGGGCUAGAAACAAUUUGUAUCUAUAGAGUACAUUACCUCAAUAGAUGUACAUCAAAGAAAAAGACUUGUAUGAAAUAAUUUUUUAGUAGUAACUAUGAUGAGAGUUAAUUCUGAUUAGAAUCUCACACUCCUGUCAAUAUGUUGAUAAUCGAUAACGAUUAAAGGGAGUACCAGAGUUAAUUGGUUUUACUUGUAUUAUUUUGUACUCAUGUUUUGAUAAAAAAAUUAACAUGUACAAAUAGACUUCUAAACUUUUAUGUCUAUAUUUGUAAAAAGAAAUGUGUUUUGCGUGUAUAUAAAAUUAACUUUCUUAUUUUUCGCAUUUUAACAAUUAUGCAUGUUUUAUCUUAUGACUUAAUGUAUGUAAAACAUUUUACACAUAUUACACACACACACACACACACACACACACACACACGCAUACCCCGAAACUAUUAUAUUCCGAUCUCAGAGACUUCUAAUCGAAUUCUAAUAUGCUAAUAUGUAAAUAUAUAAAUUCCAAUGCAUGCUGUAUAUGCAUUAAAGAUCUAAUUUUAAAAAAUUAUAUAAAUGAGAUUUAUAUAUAAAAGAUUAUAUGUAAAAGCUUAUACAAAGAUUAUAAAAACUCUUCUAAAAUAUAAAAUGUUAAAUUAGAUGUAGAUAUUAAAUAUGUGUGAUAAAAGACAUUCAAGCUAUAAUAAUAUAGCUCUUUUGCAAUUAAAAAUAAAACAAAAAAUUCAGUACUUAAUUUUUCUAUAAUUUUUUUAUAAUUGUUAUAAAUUUAUGUGAUUAACAUAUUUAUAAAUGCUUUUUGCAAAAUUAAUAACUCUCUAAAGUAAUUGUCGAAAUAAUUCGCGUCAAUACUACAAUCGAAUUUCAUGACCAAUUUUGAAUAAAGCAAACAUGUAAAAUCAUUAAACUAUUUGGAAACGAUAUUUAAAACUCUUUCUUAAAGCUUGUUAUGUGCUGUUCACGUAAUCUUAAUAUGCGGCGCAAUAUAUUGUUUGGAUUUGUACAAAGAAUGAAAAAAAUAUAAAAUGUUGUGUAAAUCAA